AAUACCACCUGUCCAGAAGAUAAACAGCAUGUUGAAAAGCUCUUUGUUUAAUUUGAUAAGACCAUUGUUUUGAGUUGAUCGCUAACAAUGAAUCGCUUUUUAGACAGCCAAUUGUUGUAUGGGAAUGAAAGCAUGCCAGUACGCGUGGUUAUGAUCGAAUCGAGUUGUUUCGCUCUAGUCACAUAGAAAGUGAUGCUUUAACAAACACAGGUGCAGAAGGCUUGCUAAUUUUCCACAACAACUUUAGUUGUAGAACUACCUCAACAGAGCACUCAAGUGCAGGUAGAAUCUCAAAAGACCUCAAGAUAUUUUCGGACAAGCAACCAAAAAACAUCUGCAUUUUGUGCAGCCUGAGGAGACAAGCAGUCGCGUGCUUCCUGCGUACGAAGAAAGAACAAUGAGUUUGGCCAACGCUGAAAACAUAAGCAAGCAGUUGCCAUCUGUUCUUACACUACUAGAUUCUGCCUUCUCGUCGAAGUCUGCGAAAAAAUCAUCUAUCCAACUAACAAAGGAUUCUCACCUUAGCAAGGAAGCUUUCCGCAAGACAUUUAUGUUUACCAGUGACUUGAUCUUCGGCCGUCUUGGCGACAAUUUGAGCAGGAAGGAGAAAUUUCACUUAGGCCCAGAACUAACGCCGGCUGUUCCCACGAAAGCGAAGCCUGAAAAAGGCUUAGGCCAUCAAGUAAAUAAGUUGGCAGAUUUCGCUACUUCGCCAAAACCGAAGAAGGCCAGAUUAUCUGAACCAGAUCCAUCGGAAAUGCGAAGAUCGCCUGAUGAAAAAAUUGUGCAGAACAUCCGCAGAGUUCCCGCCACUGGUACACAUUUGUAUAACGAUCAACAACAAACCAUUAACAAAAUGCUUAUCAAAUCAGACAGCAGCGAUGAGAUCGACAAUCGCUCGGACAAUGCUAAAAACUUCACAAUCGAGCGGAUAUUGGGAAAGGAAGAGGAAAACAAUUUAAUCGGAAAUGAUACUUUGAAUUUAAUGGUACAUGAUAACGGAACUGCUACAUUUGAUGAAGUAAAGGUAAAAAUAGAGAGAAGUUCCCCAGAGCCUACUUCUUACGACAUCCCUGGCAAAAAUGACCAAGAGGAAGCCGAGGGAGACAAAAGUAAUAAGUUGCCAAACAUCAGCCAGUUUUUUGAACCAGUUGAUAGUAUGGAGUUUCAGCGAUCUACCGUAUCCAAGUGUGACAUUGGGUCAAAACGCGGGGGAACAAAUUUUACCUGGUUGAACGGAGACAAUACAUUGUGUUCUUUACCCAUUCCUUUGAUGAUCAAAGAUUUUCCUCUGCUGCGAAACACUGGAAGAAUUGAGUUCAACAGAAACACCCUGGGGGCCGUGCAAGCAGAAGAUGUCCAACAACAGAAUGUGGAACGAAAAUUUCCUAUAAAGCAAGAAGAGGAAACUAUAGAAGAAGUUCCAGAGAAGCCCAAGGUAACCCCCCGUCCUGUGAAGAAAAAGGAACAACAUAGCGACGGAGAGGAAACCCCCACACAACCCUUACAAACACGGCAGCAACAACAAGUUUCAGGGAGCAAAGGCUUCAAAUGCGAAAAAUGUGGAAAAAUUUAUUGCAGAAAAUACGUGCUGAAGAUUCACAUGAGGACACACUCAGGGGAAAAACCCUUAAAAUGCCAGGUUUGUGGAAAAUCCUUUAGUGAUCCAAGCAACAUGAAAAAACACGUAAAAUUACACGAAACCGACCACGUCACUUACCCAUGCAAAUUUUGUGGUAGGAAUUUUGUUAGGCGACGUGGCCUUUUAAACCACUUGCAUUCAAUGCACUCGCGCUUUCCUUUUGUCCACCCCCAGAUAUGAAUAAUGUAUAUAUUUAAUUUUAUUGAAGGCUUGCUUUUUGUGCAAGGCUUUCUUCGUACAAUCGUGUUGGGUCAAAUUUCCUGCGGUAUAAAUUUUAACGAUGCUUAAAAAGCAGCUUUUAUGCAAGGUUUUACUUGUUCGUCUGUCUGUUCAAAAGAAGAUUCCAAGAAAAGAACAUUUUUAAUGGCAGUUCUCUUAUCAAACAAUGUCAAAAAUUCUUUAUAAAGGCUUCACAGCCUGACAAAAUGUGUUAAUAUUAUUGCAUAUUCUGAGUUAUAUGUGUUAGGAAAUAUUUAUAAGUGGUACUUAUGUUAAAGAGGCUCUCAAUGUGUAUGAAUCAAAACAACCUGCCUAUGCACGUUGCUAUACUACAAUAACUCCAUGUCUCGAACACCUGUGCCAUGCCUAACAGCCCUCCGCUGAACAGGGCGGCCACGGCUGCUUUAGCGAGGUCUAUUGUCACCAAACAAAAGAACUUGUACACAGACAACCAACUUGGAAAAACAAUAAACGGCCCUUCACAACGGUUUGGAUUAUCGUUAGCAAUAAGACUGACAAAAAUAAACAGAGACCGCACGCUUCAAAGAAUGGCAGUUUAGACUAGAUAAAUUUGCGAAAUUUUGUUUAGAGACUUAUCGUUUUGUCUUGUCUUCUGCAUUCAAUAUGCAUAUCCCAUUGUUUUGAACCACAACGUGCUUUCCCUCGUUUACACCCGCGAAACGCAGAUUUACACGCAAAUGACAUAUUGCAUUGAUCAGACUUGUCUGCUCAAUCUGCCCUAAUAGAUACUAAUUAUUUUUUUUUAAACGAAACCAACUUUAUCAUAGAUAUUGUUAAUAUAAAUUAUCUUCAGAUGAAUAAGCUGGAAAUAUCUAGCUGAUGCCCUAUACAUUUCUGUAUGAUGUAGAUCUGAAAAUUCCCCACUUUUCAAAUUUAAGAAUCCACACUUUGUUAUAAAACCCGAAACUCCCACAAUUUCAUUUUCAUACUCUAAAAAGGCAAAAUAACUUAUUAUAAUUAUUUAUUUGCUCUAGAAAACCUUUGUUUUUAUCUAGAAAGUUUGGCCUAUAUACUUUACUGACAUUGUCUUGUGUGACAGAAGCCUGAAAGUCCUGUGUCCCAUAUGGCAAAUAUAUUGUGCAAUACUUUUACUAAAAAAACUUUCUCAAAACAUAAUAUGGAAAUAUAGGUUAAGACAAAUACAUAACAUACCAAAAAGCGUGCAUUAAAGAUACAUAAUUGAACUCCAGAUCUUUGCUCAAAAGUACAGUAUAUGAUGAAUACUCAGAGUGUUAUAAUAUUCCCCUGAUAGUGGGUCUCAGUGACUGUCAUAUGAAUUUGUUAGGAGCUUUUGAAUUAAUAUUAUAAGUGUUAUGUCUUGAUGUUCUUUGUUUGGCUCAAAAGUUGAUAUCAUUACUUUGUUUGUGGUAUUGUUCCGAUUAUUUAUGUGAUUAAUUUAUAUUUAAGCAGAAACCUUAACAUUCUAUAGAAUAGUUAAAAACCUGACUGUUAGAAGAUUCUACCAAGUGUUAUUUAAAAAGAGGACAUGUUACGAACAUUCCGAUUUAUAUACAUUUAUGAUGUAUAGUUAACAAUGUGGCCCAACAUUUUAUGUAAAGUGAUGUUUAAACUGUGCUCCAAAUUUUGGGAUUCAUUCAUUGGGCUUGUUCAAAAGUCAGUAUCCAAAGAAUCAAACCUUGAAGCUUUUUUGCUUUGUUAAAACACCUAUCUGUUAUUUCGAUGUGAACAAUCUUUUGAUAUUUUAAUCAAAAUCAUACUGGUACACCAAAAUUUAUUGAGCACAAAAGCAUUACUUUUGCUAUUAGUGACUUGAAUAAUGUAGGGCAUUUGAUGAUGGAUUAAAAUAAGGUCAUAUUGUUGAUUGAUUAUAUAGCUGUUUAUUUGACGUGUAUAAAUUAUUGUGAAUAAUGAGAGUUAUAAAAGUUUUAUUUAUAUAAAAUAGAAAGAUUUAGAGGGAGAUAAUAUAUGAUAAAAUGGUAUGAUAAA